GUGGCCUGUGCCCACGAGGUCUCCCCUCGUGCGAUACUUCGGUAUAAAAGCAAAGCAACCUCUUUUGGAUGUAACACACGAGGUUCGAUCGACGCUCAUCCUGGCGUCCUCUCCAACCGUGAAUCGGCUACGACACAUCACCGCGCGAUCGUAUCAAGGAUAAUACAGCAACAUUUUCGUCUUCUUCAAUUCGAACUUUUUCGUAGACGCACGGUGGUGAUUCUUUCUCUCUCUUUUUUUUUCUUUAUUACCUUGUACGUUUCGAUCGACAUUCGAGGAACAUGAGCAAGUACUUUGUGACCAUUUUGUGGCUACUUCCGGUGCUGGUCGCGGCCCUGCCAGCCAAUGACAAACCUGGAAACGAAAACGACCUAAUGGCGACCAUCUACAGCGACUGUCUGAAGAAGGAGUCGAUCAACUGCAUCAAAUACAAAGUAUUUUCGUACGUGGACAAGAUGCUCAUUGAUAAGGAGGAUAUCACGCUCACGGACGGCAUCACUGUGGUCAAGACAUCGAACGCCGAAGAAGGUGCACCUAGAUCAAUCGAGUCUAGCGAUUUGGAUACCCUUUUAUUCGACCGUCUGGGGAGGUUCUUGAGGACGCACUCUGUCAAAGUCGACCUUAAGGGAACCGACAUCCUUGGUGCCAUUGAGUCUGCCGGUCGAAGUUUCGAGGACUUUACCGAUAAUGCUGUUGAAAGUCGUGGCAAGAAGAAGAAGGCACAAAAGAUCCUCGGUCCGUUAAUGAUGGCCCUGGCUCUGAAGGCAGCAGCCCUGUUGCCCUUGGCUCUCGGUGCGAUCGCCGCCAUUGCUGGUAAAGCUCUUCUGGUCGGCAAAAUCGCCCUUGUAAUUUCCGCCAUCAUUGGGUUGAAGAAGUUGCUCAGCUCUAGCGGAGGAAAGCACGUGACAUACGAAGUUGUGUCGCAUCCUCAUCACAGCAGUAGCCACAUUGUCAGCCACGAUGACGGCCAUGGUGGUGGUUACGGUGGCGGUGGUGCUGAUUAUGGCGGUGGUUAUUCCGGAAGCAGUGGUCACGGCUGGGCCAGGAGUUUACCUCAAGAUGCUCAUGAGUUGGCUUAUCGCGCUCAUCAACCUCAAUCGCAAGCAUGAAGAAUCUCGUAAAAAAAUUUCGUUCUUCGACGUUCCUCACUUUCCUCUUUUCCUUGUCCUCUCAACGUCUCUUCCCUUUCGUUUCCUCUAUUCUUUCCUUUGUUUCCUUUCUUCGUGACUCUGCCGCUCUCUGUUUUAUGUAUAUUUAUUAUUCCUAUCCUCGUCGCUACCUGAAUAUUUCAUAUGUUCUGUCCUGUUCUCCUAUUCUUCCCUAGAAAUUAAUUCCCUAGAAAUUCCUUAGAAUCAUUCUUCUGUUUCUACGACGAACCAGUGCCUCCACGAGAUACUCGUUCUAUGUAUAGCGUAACUUGAGCCUUUGUUAUUUAUUCAUUGCGCCUAAUAUGAUUUAGUAUUUAUUUAAUUUUAUUCAUUUGACGUGUGCUAUUUGUUACUGCCUGCAUUUGUUCUUUAUAAUAAAGAGAUGGCGAACGGCGCGCUGCGUCUUGUCCAAAGGAAAACGCAACA